AUAUACCAUUCAUUGAGAUAGAAAAUACUAGAAAAACUAUGAAGCCAGGGCCAAAGUCAAAAACAAGAAACAUUACUACAAUUCAUGAAAUGUUAACUAAAGCAAAAGAGUUAGGGUUAGGUCCAAUAAUGGAUUCAUCUGAUGAUGAUGAUUCAUACUACAGUGAUGAAAGCGAAGAUACUGAAGGUACUGAACCUGGCGAUGUCAUAAAUCUUACCUCUUCAAGUGAUGAUGAAACUAAUUAUAAAGAACCUAAGGUUACAGAACUUGUAGCUGAUAGUAAAGCUACUUGUUCAUCUGAUAAUUUAAAAGAAAAUUCGAUCAAUGGUGAAAAUAAAAUUAUAAAUAACAAAUUAGGUGAAUUAUUAGAUGAUAUGACAAAUGAAACUGAAAUAUUAGAAAACGCAAUUGAUCCAACUGAAAUAAUAAAAGAUGAAAAUAUGGACAACGAAGAAUUCACAAAUAUAGAAAUUGAUCCAACUAAAAUAAUAGAGGGUGAAAACAUGGACAACAAAGCAUUAACAAAUAAAGAAAUUGAUCCAACUGAAAUAAUAAAAGAUGAAAAUAUGGACAACGAAGAAUUCACAAAUAUAGAAAUUGAUCCAACUGAAAUAAUAGAGGGUGAAAACAUGGACAACAAAGCAUUAACAAAUACAGAAAUUGAUCCAACUGAAAUAAUAAAAGAUGAAAAUAUGGACAGCGAAGAAUUCACAAAUACAGAAAUUGAUCCAACUCAAAUAAUAGAAGGUGAAAAUAUGGGCAACAAAGCAUUAACAAAUACAGAAAUUGAUCCAACUAAAAUAAUAAAAGAUGAAAAUAUGGACACUGAAGAAUUCACAAAUAUAGAAAUUGAUCCAACUCAAAUAAUAGAAGGUGAAAAUAUGGGCAACAAAAGCAUUAACAAAUACAGAAAUUGAUCCAACUCAAAUAAUAAAAGAUGAAAAUAUGGACACUGAAGAAUUCACAAAUAUAGAAAUUGAUCCAACUCAAAUAAUAGAAGGUGAAAAUAUGGGCAACAAAGCAUUAACAAAUACAGAA